GAAACACGUCCGGGCCGCGCCGGAUGCCUCCCGGAAGGCGCUUGGACCCACGCCGGGUUUCCCAGUUUAUCCCUCACGACCUAGCGCUCCAGCCUGCGAACCGCCCAGCGCCCCAGUGCCCCACAGACUCCCGCGGGCCCGGGAAGCCUCGCGGACGUGACGCCGCGGGCGGAAGUGACGUUUUCGCGCGGUUGGACGCGGCGUUCAGUUGCCGGGCGGGGGAAGGCGCGUCCGGUUUUUCUCUGGGGACGUUGAAAUUAUUUUUGUAACGGGAGUCGGGAGAGGACGGGGCGUGCCCCGACGUGCGCACGCGUCGCCCUCCCCGGCAUUCCUCCACAGCUAGCUGCCUCCAGCCGCGGGAAGGCGUCAUGCCGCCCAAAACGCCCCGAAAAGCCGCCGCCGCCGCCGCCGCUGCCGCUGCCGUGGAACCCCCAGCGCCGCCGCCUCAGUCUUCUCCUGAGGAGGACCCAGAGCAGGACAGCGGCCCGGAGGACCUGCCUCUGGUCAGGGUUGAGUUUGAAGAAACUGAAGAACCUGAUUUUACAGCGUUAUGUCAGAAAUUAAAGAUACCAGAUCAUGUCAGAGAGAGAGCUUGGUUAACUUGGGAGAAAGUUUCAUCUGUGGAUGGAGUAUUGGGAGGUUAUAUUCAAAAGAAAAAGGAGCUGUGGGGAAUCUGUAUCUUUAUUGCAGCAGUUGACCUAGAUGAGAUGCCGUUCACUUUUACUGAACUACAGAAAAACAUAGAAAUCAGUGUCUUUAAAUUCUUUGACUUACUAAAAGAAAUUGAUACCAGUACCAAAGUUGAUAAUGCUAUGUCGAGACUGUUGAAGAAGUAUAAUGUAUUGUUGGCACUCUUCAGCAAAUUAGAAAGGACAUGCGAACUUAUAUAUUUGACACAACCCAGCAGUUCGAUAUCUACUGAAAUAAAUUCUGCAUUGGUGCUAAAAGUUUCUUGGAUCACAUUUUUAUUAGCUAAAGGGGAAGUAUUACAAAUGGAAGAUGAUCUGGUGAUUUCAUUUCAGUUAAUGUUAUGUGUCCUUGACUAUUUUAUUAAACUCUCACCUCCUGUGUUGCUCAAAGAACCAUAUAAAACAGCUGUUAUACCCAUUAAUGGUUCACCUCGAACACCCAGGCGAGGUCAGAACAGGAGUGCACGGAUAGCCAAACAACUAGAAAAUGAUACGAGAAUUAUUGAAGUUCUCUGUAAAGAACACGAAUGUAAUAUAGAUGAGGUGAAAAAUGUUUAUUUUAAAAAUUUUAUACCUUUUAUGAAUUCUCUUGGACUUGUAACAUCUAAUGGACUUCCAGAGGUUGAAAGUCUGUCUAAACGAUACGAAGAAAUUUAUCUUAAAAAUAAAGAUCUAGAUGCAAGAUUAUUUUUGGAUCAUGAUAAAACUCUUCAGACUGAUUCUAUAGACAGUUUUGAAGCACAGAGAACACCACGAAAAAGUAACCUUGAUGAAGAGGUGAAUGUGAUUUCUCCGCACACUCCAGUUAGGACUGUUAUGAAUACUAUCCAACAAUUAAUGAUGAUUUUAAAUUCAGCAAGUGAUCAGCCAUCAGAAAAUCUGAUUUCCUAUUUUAACAAUUGCACAGUUAAUCCAAAAGAAAGUAUACUGAAAAGAGUGAAGGAUAUUGGAUACAUCUUUAAAGAGAAAUUUGCUGAAGCUGUGGGACAGGGAUGUGUUGAAAUUGGAUCACAGCGAUACAAACUUGGAGUUCGCUUGUAUUACCGAGUAAUGGAAUCCAUGCUUAAAUCAGAAGAAGAACGAUUAUCCAUUCAAAAUUUUAGCAAACUUCUAAACGACAACAUUUUUCAUAUGUCUUUAUUGGCGUGUGCUCUUGAGGUUGUAAUGGCCACAUAUAGCAGAAGCACAUCUCAGAAUCUUGAUUCUGGAACAGAUUUGUCCUUCCCAUGGAUUCUGAAUGUACUUAAUUUAAAAGCCUUUGAUUUUUACAAAGUGAUUGAAAGUUUUAUCAAAGCAGAAGGCAACUUGACAAGAGAAAUGAUAAAACAUUUAGAACGAUGUGAACAUCGAAUCAUGGAAUCCCUUGCAUGGCACUCAGAUUCACCUUUAUUUGAUCUUAUUAAACAAUCAAAGGACCGAGAAGGACCAACUGAUCACCUUGAAUCUGCUUGUCCUCUUAAUGUUCCUCUCCAGAAUAAUCACACUGCAGCAGAUAUGUAUCUUUCUCCUGUAAGAUCCCCAAAGAAAAAAGGUUCAGCUACACGUGUAAAUUCUACUGCAAAUGCAGAGACACAAGCAACCUCAGCCUUCCAGACCCAGAAGCCAUUGAAAUCUACCUCUCUUUCACUGUUUUAUAAAAAAGUGUAUCGUCUAGCAUAUCUCCGGCUAAAUACGCUGUGUGAACGCCUUCUGUCUGAGCACCCAGAACUAGAACACAUCAUCUGGACCCUUUUCCAGCACACGCUGCAGAAUGAGUAUGAACUCAUGAGAGACAGGCAUUUGGACCAAAUUAUGAUGUGUUCCAUGUAUGGCAUAUGCAAAGUGAAGAAUAUAGACCUUAAAUUCAAAAUCAUUGUAACAGCAUACAAAGAUCUUCCUCAUGCUGUUCAGGAGACUUUCAAACGUGUUUUGAUCAAAGAAGAGGAGUAUGAUUCUAUUAUAGUAUUCUAUAACUCAGUCUUCAUGCAGAGACUGAAAACAAAUAUUUUGCAGUAUGCUUCCACCAGGCCCCCUACCUUGUCACCAAUACCUCACAUUCCUCGAAGCCCUUAUAAGUUUCCUAGUUCACCCUUACGGAUUCCUGGAGGGAACAUCUAUAUAUCACCCCUGAAGAGUCCAUAUAAAAUUUCAGAAGGUCUGCCAACACCAACAAAAAUGACUCCAGGAACAAGAAUCUUAGUAUCAAUUGGUGAAUCAUUUGGGACUUCUGAGAAGUUCCAGAAAAUAAAUCAGAUGGUUUGUAAUAGUGACCGUGUGCUCAAAAGAAGCGCUGAAGGAAGCAACCCUCCUAAACCGCUGAAAAAACUACGCUUUGAUAUUGAAGGAUCAGAUGAAGCAGAUGGAAGUAAACACCUCCAAGGGGAAUCCAAAUUUCAGCAGAAACUGGCAGAAAUGACAUCUACUCGAACACGGAUGCAAAAGCAGAAAAUGAAUGACAGCAUGGAUACCUCAAACAAGGAAGAAAAAUGAGGAUCUCAGGACCUUGGUAGACACCGUGUACACCUUUGGUUUCAUUGUCUCUCACGGAUGUGACUGUAUCACUUUCCCAGGUUCUGUUUAUGGCCACAUCUAAUAUCUUAAGCUCUUUUUGUGGAUAUAAAAUGUGCAGAUGCAAUUAUUUGGGUGAUUCCUAAGCCACUUGAAAUGUUAAUCAUUGUUAUUUAUACAAGAUUGAAAAUCUUGUGUAAAUCCUGCCAUUUAAAAAGUUGUAGCAAACUGUUUCUACUUCCAAAGUAAAAUUGCUCUGCUUUAUGGAUAGUAAGGAUGGCCCCAGAGUGGGAGUCCUGAUACCCCAUGCCUGUCUGACUACUUUGCCUUCUUUUGUAGCAUAUAGGUGAUGUUUGCUCUUGUUUUUAUUAAUUUAUAUGUCUAUUUUUUUAAUUUAACAUGAACACCCUUAGAAAAUAUGUCCUAUCUAUCUUCCAAAUGCAAUUUGAUUGACUGCCCAUUCACCCAAAUUAUCCUGAACUCUUAUGCUAAAAUGGAUUUUAUUAGAAAUUAGAAAAAAAUUACUAAUUUUGCAUAAUAGAUUUUAUUUUACUAUUGGAAUCUGAUAUACUGUGUGCUUGUUUUAUAAAUUUUUGCUUUUAAAUAAAAGCUGGAACAAAGUAUAAACAUGAUACUAUCAUACUACUGACACAGAUUUCAUACCUCAGAACCUAAAAGAACUUAUUCUUUUCUUCAUCCAACUUAUAUUUUUAAAUGAAGAUUAUUGAUAGUACCCUUGGUUUUUAUACCAUUCAGAUCACUGAAUUUAUAAAGUACCCAUCUAGUACUUCAAAAAGUGAAGUGUUCUGCCAGCUCUUAGGUGUAGAGGACCCUAACACAGUAUAUCCCAAGUGCACUUUCUAAUGUUUCUGGGUCCUGAAGAAUUAAGAUACAAAUUAAUUUUACUCCAUAAACAGACUGUUAACUAUAGGAGCCUUAAUUUUUUUUGCAUAGAGAUUUGUCUAAUUGCAUCUCGAAAAUUAUUCUGCCCUCCUAAAUUUGGGAAGGUUUGUGUUUUCUCUGGAAUGAUACAUGUCUUCCAUGUAUCUUUUGAACUGGCAAUUGUCUAUUUUAUCUUUUAUUUUUUUUUAAGUCAGUAUGGUCUAACACUGGCAUGUUCAAAGCCACAUUAUUUCUAGUCCAAAAUUACAAGUAAUCAAGAGUCAUUAUGGGUUAGGCAUUAAUGUUUCUAUCUGAUUUUGUGCAAAAGCUUCAAAUUAAAACAGCUGCAUUAGAAAAAGAGGCGCUUCUCCCCUCCCCUACACCUAAAGGUAUAUUUAAACUAUCUUGUGUGAUUAACUUAUUUAGAGAUGGUGUAACUUAAAGUAGGUGAUAUUUAAGGUAGCUUCAGCUAGCUUUUAGGAAAAUCACUUUGUCUAACUCAGAAUUCUUUUUAAAAAGAAAUCUGGUCUUGUUAGAAAGCAAAAUUUUAUUUUCUGCUCAAUUAAGUUUCAAACUUACUAUUUUGACAGUUAUCUUGAUAACAGUGGCACUAGAAAACUUUACUCCAUUUCAUCAUUAAUUUCUGCAUGAAUAUUAUACAAAUCAGUUAGUUUUUAGGUCAAGGGCUUACUAUUUCUGGGUCUUUUGCUACUAAGUUCACAUUAGAAUUAGUGCCAGAAUUUUAGGAACUUCAGAGAUCAUGUAUUGAGAUUUCCUAAAUAAUGCUUCAGAUAUUAUUGCUUUAUUGCUUUUUUGUAUCGGUUAAAACUAUACAUUUAAAAUUGCUAUGUUACUAUUUUCUAUAAUUAAUAGUUUGUCUAUUUUAAAAUAAAUUAGUUAUUAAGCGUCU